AGCAUCAUAGUAGCUUUGCGUCUCCCAUCACAUUCUCUACAGUGAAUGGAACGCUAGAAUGUCAGCACACAUCAACAAAGCCCUCCCGCCGUCGCUGUUUAAGAUGUGGUUCCCUUACCUGCUCCUGAACCCAUAACCAGACUUGAACCCUCAGCCGUCUGUCAUCCCUUGGGUUUUGUCUCCAACAUUCAGCUUGCCUCGCUCUCGUUGUUUCACUCACCAAAAUCACCAGCAUGGCAGCCCAGACUGCACAGCGGGCGCCAUUGCUCAGCAAUGAGGAGCAAACCUCUGUCGGUAUUCUUCCCGCCUCGCAUUGGCAGCAGCAGUCCACCGUAGAGGACCCCCACGAUGAUGCGGCUUCGACCAUUGAAUCAAUGAUGCCCAGCACCGCCUCGCUGAGCUCUACCAUUUUCGAGUAUCGCACCAUUCACGGAAGAACAUACCACGGCGAGAUUGGCAAUGCUGAAUCCUGGGAGCCUAACGAUGAGCGUCAUAAGGACGCGUUGGAAAUUGCAAACAGUCAUCACGCAUAUAUGGUAGUGAUGGAUGGAAAGCUCUACAUGGCCCCCCUCGACAAAAAGAAAGUCCAGAAGGUUGUCGAUAUCGGAACUGGCACGGGCAUAUGGGCAAUCGAUUUCGCCGACGAAUUUCCGAAUGCUGAAGUAAUCGGAACCGACAUUACCCCCAUUCAACCGUCCUGGGUUCCCGCCAAUGUAAAGUUUGAACUCGACGAUUGCAACGGAGAGUGGACUUGGUCUGACAACUCCUUCGACUUUGUCCAUCUACGUAUGAUGUUCGGUAUUAUCCAGGACUGGUACGCCCUAUUUUGUCAAGCUUACCGUACCUGCAAGCCCGGUGGCUAUACCGAAAGUUUCAUCAAAUGUGGUACAUUUUUCAGUGACGACGGGUCGGUGAAGGACAAUAGCGCUAUGGCCCAGUGGCAUAGAGUUUGGAACGCGGCCGGAAAGAAGAUGGGCAGGACGUUCGAAGUUUACGAUCACGAUCUCCAGCGGAAAGGUAUGGAGGCGGCGGGCUUUGUGGAUAUUCAGGUCAAAGAGUACUACAUCCCUGUUGGUGUUUGGCACCAGGACAAGAAGCUGGCCGAAAAGGGCCUUUGGUGGAAGAUUAUGAUGGAGAGUGACCUUGAAGGCUACCUGAAUUACCCAUUCAACGCGGUGAUGGGGUGGACUCCGGCUGAGACUGCCGUCUAUGCCGCUCACCUUAGGAAGGAGCUCAAUAACCCCAAGAUCCACGGCUACUUCAAGGCGCGUUCCGUAUGGGGUCGUAAGCCAGAGUAAGAACUCUUUGGAUGUUUCUAUUCUCUACCAAAACGGUGGUUCAACAGAUGGAGUGUUGGCAGGUCAUGUACCUGUCAUGAAGCUCUUGGGGGUUAGUGAAAAAGGUUAUGAGGCUCCAGCACACGCCUGGCGAAGAUAAGCGUAGAAGGCACACAAUGACCCACCUCAGUUCAUGCAACCCACUUCCAAUGCCAAACCCCCGUUAUGCAAGCAAUUCGUGGGCUCGAAUUGUACACUACCAAGU